AGUAGAUGGACAAUCUUUUUUUUUUCUGGAUGGAGGCGGAGAAUUUUUGACUUCAGCUUCAGCGAGCGAGCGCUUGAGUGUGGUCACGAGCCGUGCCCGUGCACUGUAUUUUUCGGGUUGUUGCGUGACGAGGUGCCUGGCCGCGGAGCGCAAAGCCCAAAGACUACAAAUUGCGUAUGAGGCUUAACAAAUUCAGAGAGCCACUAAUCAAGGAAAUGUUAGAGCAAAGCUACACACCCACCGAGGCUGCCGGAUACCGCUUUGACUGGGCGGCGAGGGACAGUGCUAACAGUGGUAGCGUAGCGCUUGACGAAUUUGCCAUCAUGACGGAGGGAGCCACAAAGUAGGUUUCAGUGGACAGAUGGAAGGCAGCCAUCAUCUGCACCAUUGUGGGAAUGUGUCUUACAAUAUCUCAGGAAGUUCCUGCUGUAAUGGUACUAUAACUCUAGGAUUAAGCCAGCUGGUGGCUGACUGCUGUGGUUCUGUAGCUUACAAUCCACUUAAUGAGAUUUGCUGUAAUGGCAGGAUUCUGACUCAAAGCAGCACUCACGUGAAAUGCUGUGGCAAAGACAUGUACUUGACAGCGACUCAUUUGUGUUGUGGUGGCAACAACAUAUUUCAAUGGAAGGAAAAUCAUUCUUGUUGUGGCAAGGAAACAUAUGACAAGACAACCCACUGCUGCUGUACUAACCCUACACUAGAAGUAAAGCCUAAACAUGAAACUUGCUGUUCAAAAACAACAGAUAAAAAGAAAGAAUCCCAGCAAGGCUCUCCUCCCACUCGCACACUCCCCAAAAACUCAGAAUUAAAGUGUGGAACAAAACCCUUCAAUCCCCAGGAAGAAAUGUGUUGCUCAGGGAAUCUGUAUAAGAAGGCAUCAGCACUUACUAAGUGCUGUGGCGUAGAUUCUUACACUCUGUCAGAUGACAAUGUGCUGUGCUGUAAUGGAAUCCUUUAUCGCAAUGUAUCUGAGCAGUCAGAGUGUGUUGGAGGUGUUAUAUAUACUCCAGCAAACACUACUUGCCAAAUGUCGAACCGUCCUCGUCUUGGCGAGCACUGCUGUGGAGGACAAACCAUCAAUCAUCGCACGCAUAUUUGCUGUAACGAACACAGCCACAUCAAGAUGAAUGGCAAUUUCUGUUGUGGUUCAGAAGUCUAUGACCACCACAACCAGUUCUUGAGAUGCUGUUCAGGUCAUCUCUACAACCUAACCCAUUUACAUGGAAAAGCAGAGUGCUGUGGAAACCUAUUGCUACAAUAUAAUAACAAUCAAACUUGCUGUUCCUCCUCAACCAAUUCCAUAAUUUAUGACACCAAACCAAACCACCAUUGCUGUGGGCAUUACUACUACAACACGCCCCUGUGGAGCUGCUGUGCUGAACAUCUCAAACCAACACCAAAGCCUAACAGCUCUCCUGCAGAAUACAAGCUUAAACCACUAAUGGACUUAAUCCCUGAAAUGUGCAAUAAAACAGUGUUCUUUGGCAAAGUGGAGAGUGUGGCACUUGAAAAUUAUCAGCGUCACGUUGUGUUGAAAGUUGUUGGGCUGGUCGAUGUAAAAUCAGAAAAGGUCAUCAAAGACCCUUGGCUUCAUGUGUCCCUGGAUCACUGCAGCUCUCCUGCCACAGACGACGGCAUGACCUACCUUUGGGAGGAAAACCACAAUGGGAAGUACAAGCUUCUCUCUCACCCUGUUGACCUAAUCUCUGACAUUCACAUGUUCUAUUUUGUAUGUUACCAAAAGAAGGGAUAGACAUAUGAAUUGAGGUCUAUUUCCCAUAAUUUCCAAAGCAUGCUGGUUGUCAUAAGAUUUCUGUCCUGAAGGUUAUCCUAAUACUAUUUUAUCAUUAAUGCUAAAUGACUCUAGUAUGUGAGUGGUCGCUAUAUUUGAAAGCUAAGAACCUUUGGCCCCUUAAGGCAAGUUUCCGAAGUCUCUACUGUGUGCAGCAUUAUGGCAGAGGCAUCACGUUAUGCAUCUGUGAAUUUUGCCUCAUUGGUUAAUUUUAUUUAAACCCUAAUAAUGGAUUGACCCUGUAUGGAGUGUGCAAAAGGGAUAGUUCUCCCAAAAAUUAGAAUUUGCUGCUAAUUUAUCCACUUUUAGUCCAUCUAAA